CUCCGACCAAGGGCAAGUCUUCUCCACUAGUAAAGGAGUUUCUGAUUCCCCCAAACUUUAUUGGUCCAACUUGCUUUAUUGUUUAUAUCUCCAAUCGGACAUCGAUUUUACAGUUAAAUAAUGUCGGGAAGUUUGAUUUCGUUCUCCCUGUGUAUUCGGAGCUUACUAUCUUCUUCCUUCUAUUUUCAUUCCAGAUGAUUAGAGUUUAUUCGGACCUAUUUUAAAGAAUUAACGGGAAAUCGAUUAGUCUGGUAGCCAUGCAUUGGUGUACAGUGUUUGGUUUUUGAAUGUUUAGGUCAAAUUCAUGCCUUUGCGGAUCUUUAACCAAAUUCAUUUCACAAAUUCUUGGAUUCUUCCAUAUUUAUGUAUUUAAUGCUGAGCCCAAGCAGCUUCCUUCACAACACUCCCACCCAUCAAGUUGGUGUUACUCCAGCCUCACAUUAUAAACUACAAAAGAGGAACUUCAACAGCACAUCUUUUUCUUCAUGCCCUUCUUCUUCAUGUUCAAUGAUCAACCAACAAGUUAAUCGCUCGAUAUCUUGUCGUGCAUCCAUGGAAACUGAUGUUUCACAAAGGAAGGAGAAUGCACCAGCUCAUGGAGUUUCUGAAACAGUUGUGGGUGUUUUAGGUGGAGGACAGUUAGGACGCAUGCUUUGUCAAGCAGCUUCCCAAAUGUCAAUAACAGUCAACAUUUUGGAUCCUAUGGUCAACUGCCCUGCAAGUACCAUAUGCCACCAUCAUAUGGUGGGAAGCUAUGACAAUAGCACCACAGUUGAAGAAUUUGCUAAGAGGUGUGAAAUACUAACAGUUGAAAUUGAGCAUGUUGAUGCUGAUACUUUGGAGAAGCUUGAAAAACAAGGGGUUGAUUGCCAGCCUAAAGCUUCUACCAUUCGCAUUAUCCAGGAUAAGUUUCUUCAAAAAGUUCAUUUUUCUCGACAUGGCAUUCCACUUCCAAAGUUCAUACAGAUAGAAGAUGAAGAAAGUGCUAAAAGAGCAGGUGAACAAUUUGGUUAUCCUCUAAUGGUAAAAAGUAGAAGGCUAGCCUAUGAUGGAAGGGGUAAUGCUGUUGCUAAAAGUGAAGAAGUGUUAACUUCUGCUAUAAAUGCUCUAGGAGGAUUUGGUCAUGGAUUAUAUGUUGAGCAAUGGGCACCUUUUGUUAAGGAGCUUGCAGUAAUUGUUGCAAGAGGUAGAGAUAAUUCUAUAUCAUGCUAUCCUGUUGUGGAGACUGUACACAGGGAAAACAUAUGUCACAUUGUUAAAUCUCCUGCUAAUGAGUCAUGGAAGAUUAUGAAACUUGCAACUGAUAUUGCUUCAAAAGCUGUUGCUUCAUUGGAAGGUGCUGGUGUGUUUGCAGUUGAGUUGUUUCUAACAGAAGAUGGCCAGAUUUUAUUAAAUGAAGUUGCUCCUAGGCCUCAUAACAGUGGACACCAUACAAUUGAGUCUUGUUAUACUUCACAAUAUGAGCAACAUUUGAGGGCAGUUGUUGGUCUUCCUCUUGGUGAUCCAUCAAUGAAAGCUCCAGCUUCCAUUAUGUAUAACAUUUUAGGUGAAGAUGAGGGAGAACGAGGUUUUAUUUUGGCACAUGAGCUUAUUAGAAGGGCAUUGUGUACUCCAGGGGCAUCUGUUCAUUGGUAUGAUAAGCCGGAUAUGCGAAAGCAAAGGAAGAUGGGACACAUCACGGUUGUGGGCCCAUCAAUGGGCAUUGUGGAAGCACGUGUGAAAUCACUUCUAAAUGAAGAAAAUGCAGAUGAGACUCCAGUGGCCCCACGUGUUGGAAUCAUAAUGGGUUCUGAUUCAGAUCUUCCAGUGAUGAAAGAAGCUGCUAAAGUUUUGAAAGAUUUUGAUGUUUCUGCUGAGGUUAGAAUAGUAUCAGCACACAGAACACCUGAAUUGAUGUUUUCUUAUGCUUCAUCUGCACGAGAACGAGGCAUCCAAGUUAUCAUUGCUGGUGCAGGGGGUGCAGCCCAUUUGCCAGGUAUGGUAGCUGCAUUGACACCCUUACCUGUUAUUGGAGUUCCUGUACGUGCUUCUGCAUUAGAUGGGCUUGACUCCCUUCUCUCAAUUGUUCAGAUGCCAAGAGGGGUUCCUGUUGCAACAGUUGCAAUCAAUAAUGCCACUAACGCAGCCUUGUUAGCUCUUCGAAUGCUGGGAGUUUCCGAUACUGCCCUUCAAGCAAGGAUGGUACAAUUCCAAGAAGAUGCAAGAGACAUAGUGUUGGAAAAAACCGAGAAGCUUGAAAAAGAAUAA